UGUGAGGCUACACCAACCCAACGCCCAGAUAUCAAUCGUGCGUUGGUUGCUAAUACACCUCUCAAUAAUACGAUAUCAGGCUCCCGGCCAGCCGCCAACCUGCAUUUCGUUUCUUGCGGCGUAGACGUCGCGAAAAUGUCGUCUAGUUUGUAUCACCCCCUAAUAUCACCGUGGCGAUGAUCCAAAUGCUCGGCGUCUUUCGCCUUACAGGGCGCCGAAUGAACACAGCCGGCCCCGACGAAAUUGGGGACUCGUAGAGGCUACGCUGUUCACACCCUCCAGCCCGCCGCUAUACUCGCUGCACUUCUUAUUAUCCAGUGAUAUAAUAGUCAGAAUUGACCCCUUUACAGACCACUGGUGCAUAGAUGCGGCAUCCACCAACACUGGGCCAACACAUCCUGAGUUCGUCGGGCAGUUAUAUAGGCCUCAGUUCUACGCAGGACAUACAAGUUCCGAUCUAGCCUUUGUCAUAAACCUCCGAGAGCAAAAUCUCACGACAGCUCUGCUAACUUCUUCACGACUCUCAGAGCAAUCAUGGGUGAUUUACAGAAUGGCCUCCCUGCCCUGGACGGAGGGAGUGCGGUUUUUAAAGAUCCCAAUGCUGUCCAGCUGACUUCCAACGAGACGUCAAGCAAGACGGACGAAGGGACGUCGGAAGAGACUUGGUCUCCAUCCAAGCACGAGAAGGCUAUCAUCUACACUCUUGCGUUCCUCAAUCUCAUCGUAUCGCUGGAUGCGACCAUCAUCGUUACCUGUUUGGCGGCUAUAGUUAACGAUAUCGGUGGCACGACCACCGAGGCCUUCUGGAUCGGCACAUCGUAUCUGCUCGUCAAUGCGGUUUCCAUGCCCAUGAUAUGCUCUAUCAGCGACGUAAUCGGCCGUCCGAUUUGCCUUACCUUCUCCCUCGCGGCCUUUACGGUUGGAACGAUCAUCUGCUGUGUUGCACAGAACAUGACUACCCUACUUGUUGGGCGCUGCGUCCAAGGCGUCGGUGGCGGUGGUAUCCAUGCGCUGAGCUUGGUUAUCCAAACAGAUUUUAUCCCUCUACGAUGGCGUCCAAAGUGGUACGCCACGACGCUCGGAGCGUGGGCUCUUGGUCUUUCGCUGGGCCCCAUUAUGGGCGGAGCUAUCGCCGAAAACACCACAUGGCGCUGGGUAUUUUACCUGAUGUUCCCCAUCUGCGGCCUCGGGCUAGUUGCCGUCCCCUACCUCCUCACACUACGACCGAAGAAGGCCAGUGCGCAGGAGAAGUUGUCUAGAAUCGAUUGGAUAGGAAGCCUGGCUUUUACUGGCUCCACGACGGCUUUCCUCAUUGCAAUAUCCUGGGGUGGCACACAGCACCCGUGGGACAGCGCGGCGACGUUGGCACCCCUGAUCAUAGGGUUUCUAGGGAUAGUCGGUACUACCCUCUACGAAAUAUUUCUAGCCAAGCACCCUUUCCUCAACAAGUCACUAUUCCAUGACAUAAGCUCUAUUGCUACGUACAUCGCCGCAGGGGCGCAGGGAAUACUGCUUUAUGGGACCAUCUACUAUGGCCCGUUCUAUUUUAUGUCAGUGAAGGAAUACAGCCCCAUGAAUAGUGGCGUAGCCCUUUUGCCGAUGCUCUUGCCUUUCGCUGUGUUUGGGGCUGUGACGGGACGCCUUGUCACUCACUUCAAUAGCUUCCGUUGGGCCAUCUGGGGCGGCUGGCUUGUCGGUACCGUCGCGACGGCUAUGUUCGUGGCAUGGCGAAUCAACGAGAGCCGACCGGUAUGGAUCAUCACCCUCCUCAUCGCCGGGUCUUCGCACGGAACCAUCCUCACGGCCCAGAACUUUGCUUCUCAAGCCAUGUGCAAAGACGGCAAUGAGGGCGCUGCGGCAGCCAUGUACAUCUUCGUGCGCCAAUUCGGGAUGGCAAUCGGCGUCGGCAUCGGCUCUACAGCCUUCCAGAACGUCAUGAAAACCCAACUCGGCAAUUAUGGAUUGCCCACGGAAAUCGCCGAAAAUGCUGAAGCUUACAUGCCGACCCUCCAUAGUAUGCCCGAGGGGCAGCAACGGGACGAGAUCUUUGACGCUUACAAAGCAGGCUUCCAAGCGGUCUUCGCCGUUUGGCUUGCCAUUUCCGUUCUUAUUCUCUUCGCCUCCCUGAUAUUCAUCAAACGCGCCGAUAUGAACAGAAAGCUAAAUAGCGAACACCAGCUAGAUAGUGAACGCAUGACAAGGCACUGGGGAAAGCGAGGCGCCAAGAAUGAUGUCUAGACACAAGUUGGCUGUCCCGCUUGUUGCUUCCCUGUGCUCAAUCAGGCACGGAAGAAGCAGUACGACGAUAAUCAGAUGGACAAUUAAGAAUUUGUAGUGAAUAUUACGAUUGCGGGGACUGAUUGCAAAGCUGGAUGUUUUACUCAGGUUGUUCACCCAUAAGCGGUGCCGGUUACAUAGGCUUCUAAAAUCAAGGCUAGUUAUACUACGUACGGC